UAUUCCUUUAUAUAUAUUUACAGAUAAGAAUGUCGGAUGUUAACAUGAACUCAAGCUGAUUACAUAUUAUCAACUGCAGCUGAUUUAUUCAACAAUAUGGGCAGUUACAUGCAAGAUAUGGCACAGUGGUUUUGGGAUCCUGAUGUGUGGUUGCCCCCCAACGUGACCUGGGACAGCUUCAAUCAACCCAAGCAGGUCAACGACAGCCUCCUUGAACCACAGGACUUCGCCAAAUUCAGUGAUCUGUGGUUUCCAUUACCCCUGGCGAUUCUUGUUAUUAUACUCAGAUCUUUAGUUGAGAAGAAAAUAUUCAAACCUGUAGGUAUAAGGUUGGGUUUGAAGGACCAUCAACGUGUUUAUCCUCCUGAAAAUAAAACAUUGGAGCAUGCAUACAGAUCAUUCUCCACUAUAUCAAAGGAUCAAGCUUUAGAGCUCGCGGGUACAACAGGACUCUCCUAUAUACAGGUUGAAAGAUGGUUACGGCAGAGAAGACAAGCUGAAUUACCAAAUACAUUACAGAAAUUCUGUGAGACGGGGUGGAGGUGGAUAUUCUAUACUGGUAUCCUAGUCUAUGGAUUCCUAUGUCUAUGGAAUAAGCCCUGGUUUUGGAAUAUUCGCUACUGCUGGUACGAUUAUCCAUAUCAUCAGGUUGACUCCGAUGUAUGGCUCUACUACAUGGUUGAAUUAUCCUUCUACUGGUCCUUAUCAAUAUCACAGUUCUUUGAUGUCAAGCGGAAGGACUUCUGGGAAAUGUUUAUCCAUCACAACACAACCAUUGCACUCAUGAUGUUUUCAUGGACUGCACACUUUACCAGAAUUGGAACUCUGGUUCUGAUAGUUCAUGAUUGUGCAGACCAUCUACUAGAGCUUGCUAAACUUUGCAAAUACAUCAAAUAUACGAAAUUGUGUGACGCUGUGUUCGUCUUGUUCUCAGUUACUUGGAUAGUUACCAGGUGUGGUAUC